UUCUCUGAUGGUCAUUGAAUGCGGCAUACGUCAACAACCUUGAGACCUCGCGAGACUUGUUUUGGCACAUCCCGGUACUUCCAUCAUGGCAGGCAAUAAGUUGGUAUUGGAAGGCAGAGUGAGUAUAAAAAGCUUUCUUUUAGGCCUCAGCGUCGUCCUUAUCCCACUCAUCCGGACCUGGUUCGGACACCUGGACUGGGUCUUUGAUUAUCUGACAGAGACUCCAGGGAAAAUUGCAAUUUGUGUCCACAUUGCGGCUAUUAACGGCCUUUUGCUUGUCAUAUACAGAGGACCAGUGUAUAAGGUUGCUGUGAGAGCCUGCUUUCUGGGAGUUACAUUCGGCUGUGGCCUAAUCAUUAGCUUCUCUGACACCACUUGGACACAUUUUGGCUGGUACAUGUGCUCCCUUUCGUUCUUCCAUUACUCCGAAUACCUGGUGACCGCCGUCAUCAACCCUCGCAGCCUGUCGCUGGACUCGUUCCUGCUCAACCACAGCCUGGAAUACACGCUGGCCGCCGUGUCGUCAUGGCUGGAGUUCACCGUGGAGAAGCUCACCGUUCCAGAGCUGAAGCAUCUAACCUGGGUCAGCUUGGUUGGACUGGUCAUGGUGCUGUGCGGCGAGGGCCUGCGGAAGGCUGCCAUGUUGACGGCCGGCUCCAACUUCAACCACAUUGUCCAGAAUGAGAAAGCCCAGAGCCACGUUCUGGUCACCAGCGGGGUCUACGCCUACUUCAGACACCCGUCCUAUGUGGGCUGGUUCUACUGGAGCAUAGGAACUCAGGUCAUGCUGUGCAACCCGGUCUGCAUCCUGGGCUACACGAUAGCCAGCUGGCGCUUCUUCCGGGAGCGAAUAGAGGAGGAGGAGCUCUCGCUCAUCCACUUCUUUGCCGAGGACUACGUGGAGUACAAGAGGAAGGUCCCCACCGGGCUGCCCUUCAUCUCUGGGAUCCGGGUCAACUAGUCCCCAUAGACCUGGACACCAAGCCCAACAGACUUCAAGCUCCUUAGCAGGUCAGACCUGGUGGCGAUGUGUGGUCUGCUGGAGCAGCUGCCACCCCCCCCUCAAGGUGAAGCCCCGGCUGAGAGCCCGCAGCGCCAGCAGCUGCAGAGGCAGAGUGACGGCAGCUGGGCUGCUGUUUUUCUACCAACGUCCAGUAUAUGAACAGAGAACCUCAGCUGUACACGCAUUCUCACUCUCGCCCGUUUCUGUCUGCAUGCCGUCACCAUGGCGAUAGGUUUCCACUCAUCUGCCGGCUGCUUUGCCCGGACCCUUCAGCAUCACAUGUCAGAGUUGACUUCAUGUAUUAGAGAUGUUUCACAGAAAAUGAACAAUAUUGAGAGGUUUUAAUGUGGAGGAUCACGCUUAAGGCUUUUCCCAAUCAGAAGUAUGUAAAUGGAGGACCUGUUGAUGCAGAGUCUAAAUCUUCUACUGCUUUUUUUCUACAUCUACUGCUUGCUCACUCACCAUAAAAUCAAUGUCCAUAUUUAUUCCUGACCCCACUCUCUAAGGUCGUAAAAAAACGUAUUUCUACAAAAGCCAUGUUUUCUCAUUUGCACUUUCUCAUUUUGAGCAUCUUGUUCUAUCUCUGCAGAAACAAUGAAACUUUCUCUCCAGAAAGGAGAACCAGCUCCAGACCCCAACCACAGACGGUCUGUGAUUGGUGUCUGGACCUGGUUCCGACAGUCUGGCUGGGAAGAGGAAGAAGAUGGUCACCCUCUCCUGUGAUCACCUCCUGCUUUUCUUUCAUCUCCUGAUAUUUUCUAGACGGGGAGAGAUGAAUUAAAAUAAGAACUGCCUUUAAGCAGAGAUAGAAACGGGACCAGCAGGAGAAAGUUGACCUCCACUUCUGAGACGACUAAAUGUAAACGUUUCUGUAGAUUUUUACUUUUUUUUUCUCUCUCUCUCUCAAUGAGACACGCCGCAAUAUCACAUUACAUGUGCUGUUUAGCUGAGCAGGGUGUCCUUUGUUAUUUAAAACAUUACAUAACAUAGAACACCUGAACUUUGUUGUUUUUUUUCUCUAAAACUGUAGAGGAGCGUAGCGUGGUGAGCCUCUGGUCUUUUCUGUAAUGGGUGAAGCUGUACGUGUGGCAGAGUUGGGUCUGGGGAAUCUUCUGGUGCUCAGGGUUUUGCUUUGGUAGUGGCUGCUUUUUCAUCCAUUUUGCUUUCCAGAUGUGUGCUCAUCUUGUGGCGUCCCCUCUCAUUCGUUAGCAUCAUUUAGAGUCAUGAGGCAUGAUGACUUGUCGUACUGUUUAAUAUUUAAGCAAUUUUUUUUGGUUGUUUGUUUUAAAUCAAUGAUUUAUAACGACUGUAGCACAAACUCGGACGUCCUCUAAGGACUACUAGGUUCUCAUGUUGGAAGCGCAAUGAGUUCCAAAGUUGUCCCAAUAAUUCUCACACAUUUCCAUAAAUAGUUUGUGCGUCUGUACAAACCACAAACAGACCAAAGUAUUAUGCAGAAGAUGUUUAGAUGUGUGCGUGGCGCGUCGCAGUGGGAAGGAAUGUUGCGGUCAGGAUGUUGCACUAAAGUCUUGACCUCCACACUUUGUGUUUCAUAAUAAAGUCUUCCCUUCAUGGUUUACAAUUCUGAAACAGAGACUAUAUUAAAGGAUGGACGAGGUCACUCUGAGGCGUCAGGCAGUCAGGUAUGCAGUGGCGCCCAGACGGGGUCGUGACCCCUGUCGAUAAAUGCUGCCUCCCAGAGAAUCAUGUUCAAUACAUACAAAGGCAUAUGGGCCAUUUUAUUUAAUCAAGUGUGUUCCAAUUCAAUAAAGCAUAUAUAUAUAUAUAUAUAGCCAUGAUUGAAACCAAGUGCAUCCCCUUGUCAUUCUUUUGAGUUUAAUAUAGAAAUAAUUUGGUCUCUAAAGUUCUAUCAGUACAAUAAUUAGUGGGCUAAUAAUCCAAAAUUGAAAGGUUUAUAUAAUUAGAAGUCAAAAAUCUCUUCUUACCUUAACUGCUGCUACUAAAACUUCAUAUCACAUUACAUGCUUUGAAAGCUCACUGACAGGUUGUUCUGAUUACACACCCUAUGUUAAUCGGUUAUCUAAUAGUCAAGUGGCAAUAACAUUCUGUUCCAUCAGUCCUCUGGCUUUAAUCAAAAUGAAACAUGUGUCAUGAAAUACCAACUGAGUACUUAAACAUGUCAUUUGAAAGGUGUUGAAUUCCCCUUAUUACAUUAAAUGUUUCAUAUUUUUAUUGAAUUGGAACAAACAUUAACGCAAUUCAAUGAAUUGUAUACUAGUUAAGGCCCAAACUACCCCUGUUAGCAAUGUUUCCAGCACCUGUAGUUUGUCUCAGCUACUGUUUUAGCAGAUUGACCUCCAAAACCCAUCAGAGUUUGAUCAUCUGUUUCUGUCAGUCCCUCUGCAGCGCCUCCUCUGACGUCGACUGCAGAGACAACUCAUUUCCACCACAUUCAACAAGACAAAACUCCAAAACUUUGGUCUAAAUUUGAAUAACAGCUCAGUAAAGGUCAUGUUUUUGUUUAUCUUUUAAUCUGACACAUGUAGCUUCUCCACAAAGUACCUGGUGGGAGAUUUCUGGUAAAUGAUUAAAAGUUGUGGGCACACACACGGAUUUUAUGCUGCAUUUUACCUGCAUAGAGAACCUUUAUGGCAGGUUUUCCACUUUGACUGAAAACUGUUGACUGCAUUUAUUCAGCACUGCUUGUAUGAAAUAAAGUUGAGGUUAUUAUCU